AUGGACAACGUCAAGUUGCCGGGGGCAUACCCAUCCUCCUACUCGUCCGGGAUCUUUGAUGGUGCCGGAGAUGGCAUGGACAAUACCAACUUUGAGGUAGGUAACCAUGCCGGCGAGGGCGCUGCCGCCCAGGAGAACCCCAUGAUCUUGCCCCCUCCAGCUAAUCAGCAUGCUGCUCUUCCUCAGGGCGACGAUUUCCUCGACCCGAGCUUUAUUGACCCGCCACUAUUCGAAGAGCUCGCCAACGGGCAGGCUGAGGGGGACCAGGGCCUGGUCAAUGACCAGACCAUGGACGGGGCUAAGAAUGAUAUGGAUCUCCCACAGGGGGAUCUUCCCAGCCCCUCGAUGUUUCUGCCGGAGGACUCUCCCGAGGUGGCCAACCCUGAGCCCCCUCAGCCUCUGCUUGCUAGACCUCCGAUGGAGGAGUUAUUGCGGCAAAAAGACCACGUAUAUACGGGUCUAAUAGCUAACAUCGAUGACUGGCGCCGGGCUGCAACAGACUAUAUCGCCUUCAAUGACAAGAAGGGAAAGGCGGCCGGCCAAACGGCUGAGGACUUCCCCGAGGAUGAUGAAUCCAGACGGGCCCUCGUCCGGGAGCUCUUUGAGGCAAUCGUCGACUUUUCCGACGUUGCCGAUGGUCCCAAGCCGGCAGCGUCACGGGCGCGCCGAGCUUCUGCGGCCGGUCAUGAAGACGAGGGAGAGGACCCCCAACUCCUGGGUGACGGGCCGAAUCUCGAGAACGGAGAAGAGGAAGCUGAUGAAGGCGAAGACGGCGAGGACCACGAACCGCAACCCGCACCAACCGCACGAGGUCAGGCUCGCAAAGAGCCGCCUCAUAUUACACGGGUAAAGGCUCUAUCCAACUUCGAGGUAGAGCUCAUCGCAUUCGACCUCCUCUUACAUAUUUACCGCGCCCAGAAUGGCGUGAUCAGCAUUGCAAACUGGAUGCCGGCACGCCUCGUGGGCCGGUAUGAAAAGUGUCGCAAUUUCCGCGAAAGGUUCGACAUCGUCAAAGAGGGGGUUCGGCGAUACAAACUCAUUGUCAGCAGUCUUAUGGACACCCCUUACAUAAACCGUCUCGCGAUGUGUCCGCGCCGAGAGACACGAGUAAAGGCAUCGAAUAAAAUUUCGAAUGCCCAAAAGACGGAGAGGGUCAAACUUGCCAACGAAAUGUUGAGCAAGGGCCUUGCGAAGACUACCGGUACCGGUAGUCUAGAGCUCUCCAAUGCUCUUAACCUGAGCGCCGCAAAUAGGGCUCCGGAUUUCGAGGAUGAGGAGGAGGAGGGCGGGACUGGCCGCAGGAGACCAGAUCCCCCGGCCAGAGAUGCUCCCGUCCAGGCUGCAAGCACCAAAGGGACUAAGCGUAAGCGGUCCCAGGGCUGA